AUCCAACUCUACCUUUCACAAUCGAUAUUGCACGGGACGUUGCCACGCACGUGUGCCAGUCUGCCAGGGCCUCGCCCAUCCACGCAGCACAAGGCCGCGCGCAGCUGCGUGUGUGGGACCCGCAACACCUUAUGAUGGCGGGUCCGUGGUACAUGGUCGUAUCGGGGUACCGCGGCCGCCCUCCUGCCACUACGAGCCCAUGAAUCCAGAGGAUACAAGCGGCCACGCAGGGCGCCACGGGACCUUCCCGCCCCUCGCACACCUUCCCAGUCCCUUUGCACUUGAGAACCAAGACGCCAAAUGGCAAUCGCCGCUGUAGCUGCAGCAGUCGCUUUCCAUCACGCUGGUGAGGCUCGGUCCGCCCAGUAACAGUAUAUCGCGAAAGAUCAUACACUAUUUGAGGAUUCAGCUGCUCACAAUCCACACUUUCGCAAUUCCCAGCAGCAGCAGCAGCAUGGCCGUCGCCCCACCGCGUUGCGUCGGGCGCACCGAAGUGUCGAUCGACAUGGAGAUCGACGAGUUCAGCAACGAGGUCUCGUACGUCUUCCAGUACAAGCAGCCCCACGAGAAGUGGGACGACGCGGUCGCCGUCGUCGCGCCGCAGCCGCGUGCGAUCCUCGACGACCUCAACCCGACGUGCACCUACCACAUCCGCGUGCAGGCGACGACCAAGGCCACGGGCGCGGUCGCCUACAGCGAAGCCGUCGCCGUCGAUACCGAAGUGCCUGGCUGCACGCCGUCCCCAACCUGCACCAUUCUUUGAUCGUAGUAUGCGUCGCAACCAAUACAUAUAUAAGAGUGUCAACCUAUCGUGUCCUAACGACCCAACGACCUUAUGCGAACCACGG